UGGAGGUGUACAGGCCAGAGUGGUGUGAGACCAGAGAGGACUGGUCUGUCUUCCUCUUCUCUCCUCAGAACAGGUUCAGGCGGGUAUGCCAGUCCAUCAUAGCCUACAAGAUGUUUGACUAUGUGGUGCUAGCGUUCAUCUUCUCCAACUGCAUCACCGUGGCUCUGGAGAGACCCAAGAUCAUGCAGGGCAGCCUGGAAAGAGUCUUCCUAACCAUCUCCAACUACGUCUUCACAGCCAUCUUUGUAGCAGAGAUGACGCUCAAGGUGGUGUCUAUGGGCCUGUAUAUAGGGGAACAGGCAUAUCUGAAAAGCAGCUGGAACGUGUUGGACGGCUUCCUGGUCUUUGUGUCGUUGAUUGACAUUCUGUUCAAAGGGAAGUUCUUCUACUGCUUUGGCCCCGACGUCAAGAACAUCACCAACAAGUCUGACUGUCUGCAGGCCAACUACAAAUGGGUUCAUCACAAGUACAACUUUGACAACCUGGGACAGGCUCUGAUGUCCCUGUUUGUGCUGGCUUCAAAGGACGGUUGGGUCAACAUCAUGUACCAUGGCCUGGAUGCUGUAGGGGUGGACCAACAGCCAGUGAUCAACAACAGUCCAUGGAUGCUCCUCUACUUCAUCUCCUUCCUCCUCAUCGUCAGUUUCUUCGUUCUGAACAUGUUUGUGGGUGUGGUAGUGGAGAACUUCCACAAGUGCCGUCAGAACCAGGAAGUGGAAGAGGCUAAAAGGAGAGAGGAUAAACGACGGAGACGCAUGGAGAAGAAGAGGAGGGACGCCCAGAAGAUCCCCUACUAUGCCAGCUACAGCCCCCUCCGCCUGUGGAUCCACACUCUGUGUACCACCUACUACCUGGACCUCUUCAUCACCUUCAUCAUCUGUAUCAACGUCAUCACCAUGUCACUGGAACACUACAGCCAGCCACGAUCUCUGGAUCUAGUGUUGAAGUACUGUAACUAUUUCUUCACAUCCACCUUUGUACUGGAGACCCUCCUGAAGCUCACUGCCUUUGGCUUCCGACGCUUCUUUAAAGACAGGUGGAAUCAGUUGGAUCUGGCCAUCGUGUUGCUGUCAGUGAUGGGCAUCACUCUGGAGGAGAUCGACUACAGCGCUUCUCUCCCCAUCAACCCUACCAUCAUACGCAUCAUGAGGGUGUUGAGGAUCGCACGAGUUCUGAAGCUGCUGAAGAUGGCUAAAGGAAUGAGAGCUCUGCUGGAUACGGUGGUCCAAGCCCUACCACAGGUGGGGAACCUGGGCCUGCUCUUCAUGCUCCUGUUCUUCAUCUAUGCAGCACUGGGGGUUGAGCUGUUUGGAGAACUGGUGUGUAACGAGGACUACCCAUGUGAGGGGAUGAGCCGCCAUGCUACCUUUGAGAACUUUGGCAUGGCCUUCCUCACUCUGUUCCAGGUCUCCACUGGGGACAACUGGAAUGGGAUCAUGAAGGACACGUUGAGGGAGUGCCCUCCGGACUACGGGCCUGACUACUCCUGCAACCCCAGCCUGCAGUUCAUCUCUCCCAUGUACUUUGUGUCCUUUGUGUUGACGGCCCAGUUCGUCCUGAUUAACGUGGUGGUGGCGGUGUUGAUGAAGCACCUGGACGACUCCAACAAGGAGGCCAAGGAGGAGGCGGAGAUGGACGCUGAGAUUGAGCUGGAGCUGGCCACGGGGGCCCUAUGCUGCAUGGGGCGGAGGGAGUCUGUGCAGGAGGGAAAAAG